AUGUACAAGAAGCUCGUCAGCGUGCUGGCGGUGGCUGGCCUGUGGCUGGAUGGAGCCGUAGCUCGCAGCCGCAUUUCUUGCCGAGACGACCUAAAUGCCUUCAUCACCAAACAGAACCACAUUUCCCUUGAUGGAGUUCUGGCCAAUAUUGGCUCUGAUGGGUCACGGGCCCAGGGUGCCGCGGCUGGCGCUGUCGUGGCCAGCCCAAGCAAGUCGGAUCCAGACUACUGGUAUACUUGGAGCCGGGACUCUGCUUUGACCUUCAAGGUCUUGAUCGAGCUCUUUAUUGGCGGGAACAAGUCUCUGCAGCCCAAGAUUGAGCAGUACAUGACCGCCCAGGCACAUCUACAAGGGGUGAGCAAUCCUUCCGGCGGACCAGACACAGGCGGCUUGGGAGAGCCCAAGUUCCACGUCAAUCUCACAGCCUUUACUGGUCCCUGGGGUAGGCCACAGCGCGAUGGUCCUCCUUUGCGAGCCACUGCUCUCACCAUUUAUGCCAACUGGCUCAUUGCCAACGGGGGCCAGGCUGAGGCUGCAAACACCGUCUGGCCAAUUAUUGCCAAAGACCUGGCAUACACGGUUCAGUAUUGGAACCGAACCGGCUUCGAUUUGUGGGAGGAAAUCAACGGCUCCUCCUUCUUUACUCUUUCCGCCUCAUUUCGUGCUCUGGUCGAGGGCGCUACCCUCGCCAAGGCACUCGGCAAGCAGUGCCCAGAUUGCGAAACCAACGCGCCUAGAAUACUCUGCUUCCUUCAAAGCUUCUGGGCCAGUGGCUAUAUCGACUCCAACAUCAACGUCAACGAUGGUCGAACCGGCAAGGACGUCAACUCCAUCAUCUCGUCCAUUCACACUUUUGAUCCUGCAGCUGCCUGCACGGAUGCCACCUUCCAGCCCUGUUCAUCCAGGGCCCUGGCCAACCACAAGGCAGUUGUCGAUUCCUUUCGUACGAUUUAUGCCGUGAACAAGGGCCGAACGCCUGGCAGGGCAGCUGCUGUAGGCCGCUACUCAGAAGACGUAUACUACAACGGUAACCCUUGGUACUUGGCCACAAUGGCAGCCGCCGAGCAGAUGUACGCUGCGGUCUACCAGUGGCGGAAAAUUGGUUCCAUUACCGUGGACGCCACGUCUCUCCCUUUCUUCAUUGACCUGAUGCCAAAUAUUGCUGCAGGCACCUAUGCUAAGGACUCUGACACCUUUACUUCCAUUAUCAAGGCAGUGACGGCUUAUGGAGAUGACUUUAUCAAUGUUGUGAAGCAAUACACUCCCGCCGACGGCUCCCUGGCCGAACAGUUUGACCGAGAAACGGGGAGCCCCAAGUCUGCUGUUCACUUGACUUGGUCGUACGCAUCAUUCGUCGGAGCUGUCGAACGCAGAUCUGGCGUUGUUCCACCCUCGUGGGGAGAGCCCAACGCCAAUACCGUUCCCAAGAUUUGCGAGGCUCCUCCUAGCUGUGACUCCACCAUGACCUUCAACGUCAAGGUUACCACGGUCCCCGGAGAGAACAUCUAUGUCGUUGGCUCCAUUACCGAGUUGAAAAACUGGUCACCGGCCGAUGCCAUUCCCUUGGAUGCGUCACAAUACACCCCCAGCAACCCGCUUUGGAGCGCAAAGGUCACGAUGCCUGCCGGAACAAACUUUGAGUACAAGUAUAUCAAGAAGACGAGUGAGGGAAGUGUUGUAUGGGAGAGUGACCCCAAUCGUAGCGCGACAUCCUCUACCGGAUGCCGUAGCACGGGGACGCUCAAUGAUGAGUGGAGAUGA